GUCACCUCCGAGUCCCUUCUUCUCCAGGGAGCGGAGGAAGACGCGCCGCAGCCAUGUCCGCGCGCAGCGCGAGUUCUGACCGAGAGGAGCCCUUUGAUGAAGACAUUGACGAAGACAAAAUCUUGGCCAACUUGUCCCCCGAGGAGCUGCUGGAACUGCAGUCGGAAAUGGAGGUCAUGGCCCCCGACCCCCGGCUCCCCGCGGGGCUGAUUCAGAGGGACCACACCGGCGCGGGGCGCGCGGGGCACGGGGCGCCCGCCCAGGAGAGCUCGCCGGGGCGGUGCGUGGAGCCGGAGCCGGGCCGAGCCAGCAGCAGGGCGCCCCCGACCCUAAAGGAGAAGCUCAGUGACAGAGUUGCCGCAGGUCAAAGGGAGUCGAGGGGCAGCAGCGACCUGCGAGACACAGAUAACGAGGGCGAUGAUGGAGAAGAGGAAGAGGAAGGGGAAGAUGACGACGAUGAUGAAGACGAUGAUGAAGAUGAUGAUGAAGACAACGAAGAUGAUGAUGAUGAAGGCCGGGACGAGUGUGAGGGGAGUGAUCAGGACACCACGCGAGGAGAGCGAGGCGAGGCAAAGGAGCCCGCCAGGAACGGUGAGAGCCGCCAGCAGGUCCCCAGCCGGAUGUUUGAAGAGCAGAAAGACAGACCAGAGGCCCCAGGAAAGAGUGAGAAAAAAAUAUCAAAAUUAGACCCUAAAAAGUUAGCUCUAGACACCAGCUUUCUGAAGGUAAGUGCAAGGCCUUCGGGAAACCAGACGGACCUAGACGGCAGCCUGCGGCGCGUCCGACAGAACGACCCUGACAUGCGGGAGCUCAACCUGAACAACAUCGAAAACAUCCCCAGAGAGAUGCUGCUAGACUUCGUGGACGCGAUGAAGAAAAACAAGCACGUCAAGACCUUCAGUUUAGCGAACGUGGGCGCGGACGAGAGCGUGGCCUUCGCGCUGGCUAACAUGCUGCGGGAAAACAGGAGCGUCACCACGCUCAACAUCGAGUCCAACUUCAUCACGGGCAAGGGCAUCGUGGCCAUCAUGAGGUGUCUCCAGUUCAACGAGACUCUGACCGAGCUGCGCUUUCACAACCAGAGGCACAUGCUGGGCCACCACGCCGAGACGGAAAUAUCCAGGCUCUUGAAGGCAAACAGCACUCUCCUGAAGAUGGGCUACCAUUUUGAGCUCCCGGGUCCCAGGAUGGUGGUGACCAAUCUGCUCACCAGAAAUCAGGACAAACAAAGGCAGAAAAGGCAGGCAGAGCAGAGGCGGCAGCAGCUGCGGGAGCAGAGACGGCUGAUAGCCAUGCUGGAGGACGGGCUGGGGCUGCCCCCGGGCAUGUGGGAGAUGCUGGGCGGCCCGAUGCCAGAUUCCAGGGCGCAGGAGUUCCUCCAGCCGCCGCCCCGCCCUCCCAGCGCCCCGGCAGCGCCCCUCGGUCGGCGCAAUGAAGUGACGAAAAAGCCAUCGCAGCCCCCUGCGUACAGGACGGACCCUGACUCCUUCCGGGGCAUGAAGCUCAAGAGGACCCAGCGCAAAUCUCGGAUGCCAGAGGCCAGAGAAAGCCCCGAAAAAACCAACCUCAAGGAUGUGAUCAAAACGCUGAAACCGGUGCCCAGAAACAGGCCGCCCCCGCUGGUGGAGAUCACGCCCAGAGACCAGCUCUUGAACGACAUCCGUCACAGCAACGUGGCCUAUCUUAAACCUGUGCAACUGCCAAAAGAACUGGAAUAAUCUAGAAGAACAGCAUUGAAACAACGACCCUGGAUUAGAGUUCAGAGUCUGGGUCAGCGGCAUCGCUCCGGACCCAGGGGCAACUGGGAACAACGCUCACGUCCGAUGGGAGAAUUUUGUAAAAGGCAGAACACUUGGCCUGUGACAAAAUAGUGUCUGGAGAGGAAGAGGAAGGAGGUUAAGUGUUAACAUUCAGGGGUGACAUUUUCUACUCCCAAUCAGCUUGAGAAGCUUUGGUGAAUUUUAGCCAUGCUUCCCGCACAGAAGUUAAAAACCAUUUUUUGUGAACGUCUGCUUUGCUAUUGCUUCCUUCCACUAAACAGCGAUAAAUACCGUAGAAGUGGUAACUCUCGUAGCUCCGUUCUCCCCUCCUCCCCUCCCGUCCCCCCUACUGUAACCCACCGUCUCAAAGGAGCAGAGCACCCUCCACCCGCGGGCCGGUGCGGGCCGAGUGAGCUCCAGGCCUCUGCUUUGAACUGGAAGCUUGUUCCUUAGCUCUUCUCCCAGCACCAGCUGAGAAGAGUUUCCGCCCCUGCCUGGCUUCUCCCUUGGGCUCCCUGGUGUUUGGGGAUAUACUUCUGAUAGAGGUUAUCUGUGAGGAGCAGAACAUCUAAGCCACAGGACAUGGAGAAAACAAAGUGUUUCCAGAAAAACUCAUGGAGAGAAUAAACCCUGCGUAUACACAGACCCUCCCUGUUUCCACACGCACAGGAGCAGGGGACACGGCAUGCUACCUUUGUAGAAAUAAUACAGUUACUGAGAAGCUUUUGGUUUUAGCUAACUAUAUCUGUUUGUUGUUUUUAACCUUAGUCUGUGAAUCUUAGUUGACCUUGUUGCUCUCCUCAGUCUUCUGCAUGAAACUUGCCCUGUAUGAGGUUAAACAAAUUCCUUGUUCUGCCUCGCAGGCCUCCAGGGCCUGGCCCCGGGGCUCUGAUCCAGUCCUAUUUGCCACAGUCCUCAUGCUCCUGAUGAGACACCCACAUGUACCCCCAUCCCUUCGCUCUCAUCGGCCCCUCAAAGGUGUACCCCCAGAGACUUCCCUCCCAAUCUCCAUGUAUGACUGUCCUGCCCUGUCUUCAAAGCCAGUCAGGUCCCAAUCCUCCGCAAAAACCUUCCAGACAACCCCAGCCUCAGUGCUCUCUCCUCCUUCCAAGUUCCCAGUCACUAGGUACAUAGAAUCUGAAAUUUUUUAUAGAAGCGGUGUGAACCCUAGAAGUCAGAAAAUCACAAUUUGAUGCCUUUUCUCACUUUCUCACCUGAGUAAAUAAUUGGCAUCUACCUUCUUUCUCCUUUUAUAUAAACACAGGUGGCACACAACCAGCCAAAAGGGUUAAAAGAAUGGAUCUAAUGGAGACAAACUUAAAACAAUACAUUAUUUGGAAGGACAGGACAAGCCACUGUAAAGAAAUAUGGUGUUUCUAUUUUCUAAAGCUAAUUUAGUGUGUACAGAAGUAUCAAAUUUAAAUAGUUAUAGUUAUCAAUCAACUAAUUUUAGAAGAGCCAGCAGCUAACAUUUUUGUUUUAUCCUGCAUUAUUAUUUCUAUAAAACAUCCUUUUACAUAAAGCAGGAUAGUUAAGAAAGGUCUACAAUAAAUAAGCUUAAGUGUCUAGCCCAUUCUACAUCUAAAAGACCAAACUGUGAUAGAACAAAGUGCUCUUAUCCUGUUUAAAAAUGUUAAUGCAGCCUGGCCAACGUGGCUCAGCGGU